GGGAAGCCCAUGAGAGGGUUUUGAAGAGUGAGAUGAUAUAUGACCUGAGUCUUGGCACCAUCCCCGAGACUGCUUUGUGGAGAGCAAACUGUUGGGGAGUGUGGAUGGAGGCAGCGAGACCAGUAGGAGAGAGAUGAUGGAGGUUUAAGCCAUGGAGCCUCCUCAACAAGCCCAAGAGUGAGAUGACCCCGGAGGAGCUGCAGAAGCGGGAGGAGGAGGAGUUUAACACAGGGCCACUCUCCGUGCUCACCCAGUCGGUCAAGAACAACACGCAAGUGCUCAUCAACUGCCGCAACAACAAGAAGCUCCUGGGCCGUGUGAAGGCCUUUGACAGGCACUGCAACAUGGUGCUGGAGAACGUGAAGGAGAUGUGGACCGAAGUCCCCAAGAGUGGCAAGGGCAAGAAGAAGUCCAAGCCAGUCAACAAGGACCGCUACAUCUCAAAAAUGUUCUUGCGCGGGGACUCAGUCAUUGUGGUCCUGCGGAACCCGCUCAUCGCUGGCAAGUAGGGGCCUCUUCCCUGCCGUCAGAACUUACCCCUCGUCUUGCAAAGACCUGCCCUUUGUGCUGGGAAUAAUAAAGUCAUGUGUUUUUUCUA